AUGAAGAUCCUUUUCCUAACCACAGCAUUAAGCCUGUUUGCCAUCCUCCAAGCCGAGGAGUCAACAUCUACUGAAAAACAAUUUGAGGGUACAUACUAUGCCCUCAAAAUGGCGGCAAACAAAGAUUUACCUAAGGAGAAGGAGUAUGAAAGCAUAUCAGCUAUUAUCAUGUCCCAACUUAAAGAUGGUCAUAUGGAGGCCUCAUUUACCAUCAAAAAGGAUGGCAAGUGCAAAGAGAUGAAAAUAAAAUUGGAGAAAACAGAUGAUCCCAAGAAAUUCACUAUAGGUGAGUUUAUAUUCCUACAAUUUCUCACAGAUGAGGGCAAAGUCCAUGUGCAUCUAACCAAGAUGUCCGAGCAAGAUUAUUGGACACUCAUUUGUGAGGGCGAGUACCAGGGCCAGCAAGUCAGAGUGGCCAAACUUAUGGGUCCACACAAAGACAUAAACCUUGAAGCUUUGAAUGAGUUUCAGGAAAUACUCAAAAAGGAAGGUCUUGGGGAUAGAAGAAUUGUAUCUCCCAGACUAGAAGAAUCCUGCACACCAGAACAUGCUUAA